ACUCGAAAAAAUCCAUGGCCAGAAAUAAGCCACCCUGGUUCAGUUUUUACUCCACUCAGUUCCUGCAAACCAGGACGGACGCCAUGAAGAUGCUAUUGAGCUCUUAGUCACAGGAAUAUCGAUCAUUUAUAGGGUUUUUCUUUUUUCUUUUCUAAUACUCCAUUCGGCAUGGGACAAACCCAGCAAAGGCAGGAACCCAAUGAGGAACUUGAGUUGAACAGCAUUCAGGACCUCUACAAGUCUUUUAUCACCGAGUGCCCGAGUGGAUCUUUGCACCUGCAUGAGUUCAAGAGGAUGUUUGGAGUUCAAAGCGGUACUCCGGAGUCUCAGUACAUGGACAACAUCUUUCGGGCGUUCGACAUGAACCAUGACAACACAAUGGACUUCAUAGAAUAUGUGGCCGCUCUUCAUCUUGUUCUGCGAGGAAGACUUGAAGAUAAGCUGAGGUGGUCGUUCAAAGUGUUCGACAGCGAUGACAAUGGUCGACUAGACAGGCGUGAACUGCGGAAGAUUGUCAGGGUAAGAAUAUAUUCCUGCUUUAUGGUUCUGCCAUUUACAAAAUAAAGGUUAGGUGACAAGGGACUUCACGGUGGCAGAGGGGUUAGUGCGUCUGCCUCACAAUACGAAGGUCCUGCAGUCCUGGGUUCAAAUCCAGGUUGGGGAUCUUCCUGUGUGGAGUUUGCAUGUUCUCCCCGUGACUGCGUGGGUUCUCUCCUGGUACUCCGGCUUCCUCCCACUUCCAAAGACAUGCACCUGGGGAUAGGUUGAUUGGCAACACUAAAUGGUCCCUAGUGUGUGAAUGUUGUCUGUCUCUGUUGGCCCUGCGAUGAGGUGGCGACUUGUCCAGGGUGUACCCCGCCUUCCGCCCGACUGUAGCUGAGAUAGGCGCCAGCGCCCCCCGCGACCCCGAAACUUAAUAAGCGGUAGAAAAUGGAUGGAUGGGUUAGGUGACAAGCCUCUUUUCUUCUAAUGCAAGGUCAUAUCAAAUUUACCAAAAAAAUACUUUUUUUCCUACGCUUUGAACCCUGCGGCUUAUAAAAUAUAUGUAGAUAUUUAUAGAUAGAUAGAUAGAUAGUACUUUAUUUAUUCCGUCAUGAGAGUUCCUUCAGGAAAAUUACAAUUUUCAGCACAAUGGCAACACUAAAUGGUCCCUAGUGUGUGAAUGUGAGUGUGAAUGUUGUCUGUCUAUCUGUGUUGGCCCUGCGAUGAGGUGGCGACUUGUCCAGGGUGUACCCCGCCUUCCGCCCGAUUGUAGCUGAGAUAGGCGCCAGCACCCCCCGCGACCCCGAAAGGGAAUAAGCGGUAGGAAAUGGAUGGAUGGGUUAGGUGACAAGCCUCUUUUCUUCUAAUGCAAGGUCAAAUCAAAUUUACCAAAAAAAUACUUUUUUUCCUACGCUUUGAACCCUGCGGCUUAUAAAAUAUAUAUAGAUAUUUAUAGAUAGAUAGAUAGUACUUUAUUUAUUCCGUCAGGAGAGUUCCUUCAGGAAAAUUACAAUUUUCAGCACAAUGGCAACACUAAAUGGUCCCUAGUGUGUGAAUGUGAGUGUGAAUGUUGUCUGUCUAUCUGUGUUGGCCCUGCGAUGAGGUGGCGACUUGUCCAGGGUGUACCCCGCCUUCCGCCCGAUUGUAGCUGAGAUAGGCGCCAGCACCCCCCGCGACCCCGAAAGGGAAUAAGCGGUAGAAAAUGGAUGGAUGGAAGCACAAUCCCAUUCAAGAUCAGACAAACAUUACAGGGAGACAGAACAGGAUCGCUGACGGGUCUGCCGGCUUCCAGCGCCCCUUACAAAAAAGAUGACAUACAGGUAAACAAGGGGGGGGGAGAAAAAAAUAGAAGAUUAAAAUAAAAUUAAAAAAUCGGUCUUAGCCUAGGCCCUGGAGUGGGGGUGCAGACUGAGGCCAAGGGAGAAAAAACAACAACAAAAAAAAACAACAACUCAUAUACGCUAACAGCCAUAAUAUUCUUAAUUUAACGAAUGGUUGUCAUUCAACAAAAGCAGAGACACUGAAAAGGUGUGUUAUUGUCCGCUCACUGAAGAUGCUGCAGGGUGAACGUCCUUCCGUAGAGUGCCCUUCCAUCUUCUAGUCCAGUGGUUCUCAACCGUUUUUCAGUGAUGUACCCCCUGUGAACAUUUUUUUUUAAUUCAAGUACCCACUAAUCAGAGCAAAGCAUUUUUGGUUGGAAAAAAAGAGAUACUGUCAUGAUCCGUGGUCUGGAUCAUGUUUAGUUCGAUCCGGUGGCCACGUACUGCUCGCCUGUGUAUCGGCUGGGGACAUCUCUGCGCUGCUGAUCCG